AUGCCAAUGGAUUCUUUCGAACGCCUCAUGACGUUUAGUCCCUACAAUCCCCGCACAACGAUCAAAGGCGCGCAUCGUGUCCCCCGUCUCCUAAUCUUUCGUUUUGCAGACAACCGGACGCUCCUCACGCUGCGGCUCGUCUCUCGUAUCUUUCGUGCAUGGAUUAAAACCCAAGAGCACCGCUUCUUCCGCGAGAUUAAUCUUAGGAUUCGCCUUACCGACGACUAUCGUGUCUUUGCACCCGGGAGGCUCGCCGCACUUGGACGGCUAGGAAAUAGUAUCACUAACCGGUUGAUAAUCACACUCAUCGUCCCAUGUAAGUUGGGGCAGAAGAUCGUGUUCAGGGACAGGAAGACUGGGGAGAUUCGCGCGGGAGGAUACAGAUCAGCGCAAGAUGGCACUCCAAUGCUACCAGGGGUGUUCAAACAUUUCGAAGGCGGUCUCUUUAGGAAGAUCUUGGAGAGCAUGCCUAACUUGACGUGUCUGUGGAUUGGGGACCAGGCACUCAUCUUCCUGCGGGCACAGAUUGAAGAGGCGCAUACGAACCGCAUUCAGCGGCGUAUCAAGCUUGAAGAGGACCUGCUCAUUCAUGAUACUAUUAUAAAUCGCCCCUAUGCGGAGAUUGUUAGGUUUCCGCAGACUCAUUUGGAGGAGAUUGCAUACCUCGCGCAUGCUCUCAAACUCGAAGAAUUCUCACAAUUGUUUAGAGACGUUUCGGUCGGUGCAGAACAACGAGUAUGCCGGCCACAGCUCCAGAAGUGGCUCAUGUCCCUCCCUGGCUUCCCCCGGGUAUUGCCUGAAUUUCAGAGGCAACUUUCUGCAUUAACUAGAUCCACCAAGGAGCAAUUAAUAUCAUGUCUGGAGAUCUCUGAAUCUAUCCUUAAAGAAGAUAUCAUCCGUCUUUCCGCAGGCGUAGCGAAUAUAGACCCCUUCACGCCCGCAUGGCAGAGGUCAAUAGACCAAAUUAACAAGCUAAAAAGGCAAGAGCCACGCAGGAAGCUUUUAAAAAGACUCGAGUUUCUCAUUGACCUCGCCGAGUCACCUUCAAAGCGGGAGCAGAUCUUGAGCCAUCUUGGUGUCCCACUUCCGGAAGGUCCUCCACCACCACCAGUCGACCUCGACGAGCUACGCCGACUCUCAGAGCCCUCACGCCUCUUCUCUUUCCAGCUAGAUCUUUCCACCCCACUAGCGUUUUGGUACAUUCGCUCCAUCCCCCGCCGCGAUGGUAGCAUCGGAAACUGGAGCUCUUCAAUUACCAACCUGCAUAUUAUGCUCCCCUCUCCCACGCCCGGCUCGUCCCGGGCGCAGCGCGGCCUUGUAAAACGUUCCUACUACGCCCUCAUCGCUGAGUUUGCUCCUUGGAUCGAAACCCUCUGCAUAAAGUUCCACCCCCACCCCAAGAACGCCCGGCUCGACACCCGCAAAAAGACCGACGCAGAUCCCUCCUUCCGCGGCCAACGCGUGAGCCCCGAGUGUCCACUCGUCUACUUUUGCGGCGAUCUUGACUUUUGUAGCGCGGUAGUUGCAGGGGAUAAGCCACUGGACUUCCCCAAGCUGAAAAGGCUGGGACUGAUUAACGUGACGCUGCGGUGGGAGGGUAGAGGCGGGAUGAAGGAGUUCUUUGAGGUGAAGGCGAAGGGGUGUAUCACGUUGCACUUGGUGGAUGUGGUGUUUGGAGGCGGGGAGGCAACGAUUGGGUGGGAGGGGCUGUAUCGGAUGUUUAUGCUGGAUAAUCCGGGGCGGCCGAGCAAGUUUGGGUGGGAGCUGACGAGGAAGUUUGAGGAGCGGCAUUGA